CAUCCUGAGCCUCCUUCGGAAGAACCCAAAAUGUCAACUACCUUUCCAGGACUCGUCCACGAUGCGGAGAUCCGCCAUGACGGCUCCAACAGCUACCGCUUGAUGCAGCUAGGCUGCCUGGAGUCGGUGGCCAACUCCAGCGUCGCCUACUCGUCCUCCUCGCCCCUCGCCUACUCCGCCACCGGCACGGACUUCGCCUCGCCCUACUUCUCCGCCAACCACCAGUACACCCCGCUCCACCACCAGUCCUUCCACUACGAGUUCCAGCACGGCCACCCGGCCGUCAACCCGGACGCCUACUCCCUCAACUCCCUCCACCACUCCCAGCAGUACUACCAGCAGAUCCACCAUGGCGAGCCCGCAGACUUCCUCAACCUCCACAACGCCCGGGCCCUUAAGUCCUCCUGCCUCGACGAGCAGCGCCGGGAGCUGGGCUGCCUCGACGCCUACCGACGCCACGACCUCUCCCUCAUGAGCCACGGCUCCCAGUACGGCGUCCACCCGGACCAGAGGCUCCUGCCCGGACCCAGCCUCGGCCUGGCCGCCUCCGGGCCCGACGAACUCCAGGGCUCGGUGGAAGCCCAGUGUGGGCUAGUCUUGAAUGGCCAAGGUGGGGUGAUAAGGAGAGGUGGCACAUGUGUAGUUAACCCUACGGAUCUCUUUUGCUCGGUUCCUGGGCGCUUAUCUUUACUCAGCUCCACUUCCAAAUACAAAGUGACCAUCGCAGAGGUGAAGAGACGUUUGUCACCACCAGAAUGCCUCAACGCCUCUCUUCUGGGAGGCAUUUUGAGAAGAGCAAAAUCCAAGAAUGGAGGACGUUGCUUGAGAGAAAAACUGGACAGACUGGGCCUCAAUUUGCCUGCUGGGAGGAGGAAAGCAGCAAACGUCACCCUCCUAACAUCCUUGGUAGAAGGAGAAGCUUUACAUUUGGCCAGGGAUUUUGGCUACACCUGUGAAACUGAAUUCCCAGCCAAAGCAGUUGGGGAACAUCUCGCCAGACAGCACAUGGAACAGAAGGAACAGACAGCGAGGAAAAAGAUGAUUUUAGCAACCAAGCAAAUAUGUAAAGAAUUCCAGGACCUCCUUAGCCAAGACAGAUCACCCUUGGGAUCCUCUAGACCCACUCCAAUAUUGGACCUUGACAUCCAGAGACAUUUAACACAUUUCAGUUUGAUCACUCAUGGCUUUGGAACUCCAGCUAUAUGUGCUGCCCUCAGCACUUUCCAAACUGUUCUCAGCGAAAUGCUGAACUACUUGGAAAAGCACACAACACACAAAAAUGGUGGAGCAGCAGAAUCUGGCCAAGGACAUGCCAACUCAGAGAAGGCCCCCCUGCGGAAAACUUCAGAGGCUGCUGUGAAAGAGGGCAAAACAGAAAAGACAGACUAGCUACAUCAAACAGAAUCUAUUUCCAGAGAAACAUGCUGCUGAUAUUUUUUUUAAAACAUAUAUCUAUCUAUCUAUAUAUAUCUAUAUAUCUAUAUAUCUCAUUGAGGGUGACUUAGUUCCACUGGACCAAACUGACUCAGGGGGAAAGGGUUUUCCAAACUCACCAACCCUAGCAACCUGAAGGACAGUGAUGUAGAAUAACCAUGUGAAGAAGUCACUUUUUUAAACCAUUGCUCUCUAACCUGCAUUUUGUGUGUAUGCGUGUGUGAGAGUGUGUAUGUGUGCACAUACAUUUAAUCAUCAUUGCAUAUGAUACUCUGAUGCAUUUUAUUUCUUAGAGCUUCCAGACAUGGAAGAAGCAACACUACACUAACCUUUUCCAGUUUAGUGAUUGGACAGUGUCAUCAGAAACUAAGAAAAUAUGACAUCAUGGGAUAUGCAGCUCCUGGUGAACUUGUGUCUCAUCACCCAUUCAAUGGAUGAAACCAAAAACAGUGCCUCUUUCUAUUGCCCUUGAGAGAUGAUAUGGAAGAAUGCCUGGAAUGGGAAAUAGAAGAACUUGAAGACCUUGCAAAUAAUAAACACUGUGUUACUGGAGCUGAAAACUGAGGUCUGGGAGUUUAUGGGAAAUCCACAUCAAGGUUAUGCCCAUCUUUUUCAAGGAGUAUCCUAGGAACCUUGACUUGGCUGGAUGGCACAGAUUAAAAUGCAUGAGCUUGGUGACUGAGACCAUAUCCUUCAUCUCUUUGGUCAUAAUCAAUAACAGCUUGACCAUCUCCUACCACCCUUGGUCUUGGUAUCUGAAUUCCAACUCUGAAGAAAACCAUAUAUCAUUGCAUGUUCUGUUGGGUUAAAAUAGGUGACUGGAGAAGUCUAUUGUGUUUUCUUGAUUUUAUGAUGCUUCCAUCUCUUCCCCCCACACCUUCAAGAGUUUUAGUUCAACUAACCAUGACUGGCAGCACUGUUCAGAGAUCUCCCAGAGGAAUAUAGAAGGUGAGCCAGGAUCAUUCCUAGUGGCCCUAUACACUUUGGAUGUUAUGUCUGAAAAAGUUUGACACAAGAGAUGUAUCUAAGUAGGCUUCAGUGGCACAUCAGAAAUGCAUAAUGUCUGUUACAGUAAGUAAUCAUAAGGAAUCAAGGUAUUGUCAGCAGGAUUGAUUAGGCAGCAUUAUGGUCCCCAUUUACACUCAUUCAGAGAAUGUUGGAAUAUUGUUAACAUUUUUUAAGAAUACACAUUUAUAAUGUGUAAAGCUUUGUUACAGACCAGCAUACUAUUAAAUUUAUGUACAGAACAGAAAUUUCAAUCUGUAGUCCAAAACAGACGGGCCCUUUGUGGCAUGGUGGUGGCAAUACUAGGGAUAGGGACUGCGCGGCAACUGCACAGUCCCUAACUCUAGUACGGAGUGUUGGUGUCCUGCGUUCAUGGACGCUGCCAUUGUGCAAUAAGCUCCGCGCAGCAUCUGCAUGGCACCGUGCAUUGCUUACAUUGCGAGUACGCCAUUGGCACACUUGUGACGUCCACCCUGCGGUGCAAAAAACCCCCGUUUUUUCCGGGUUCUUUUUACUCCAGAGGGAAGCCGCAUGGUUUGGUGGCUGCUGCU